AUGGCCGCACCGGUCCUCGUCGCGUUUCUGUCCUUUGUCUUUAUCACCGUGCCCCAACUCAACCACCUCGGCGGACAGUAUGCCUUCCUUUGCUACACGUCCGUGAUUCUGUUCUUUUUCCCAAGGGGUCGUGUCUCGCAGCAGAUAGAGUCCAACACUAUCAAUUUUCUCGGCGCCGUCUGCGGCCUCGCGUGGAGCUCGGCCGUUCUCGCCCUCGCGGCGUGGUGUGGAGCCCACGAUGGUAGCGAUUCCCCUCAGACCCGUGGCGUGCUCGGACUUGGUCUCGCCCUGCUAUCUCUUGGCUGUGGCUUCCUCCGCAGCUGGGUCCCUCUGCUCAAUGUGGCGUGCAGAGCCGCAAUGUUCUUCCCAAUCUUCCUCCUCACUGCCGAGCAAACCGUCACAAAGCUCACUCCACACUUGUUCCUUGAGCAAUUCUAUGUUGCGCUCUUUGCUUAUGCGUUCUCGACGAUUGUUGGCGUAGUCCUCUCCGAGCACUCGUCGUCGCCUCACCUUGGGGAUGCGCUCCUGAAAUCUUUGCGUACCACCUGCGAGCUCCUUCCAGUGUCACUGCACACCGUUCUCGAGGUGGAAGAGAGCCCUUCCGCCUCGAACCUCACCACACCCGCAUCACCCGACACACCAGGCGGUGCGGAAAAGGCCACCAAUGAGCCCCUUCCACCUCACAGUGCCAUGCGGACGCGUCAGCAGCAGCUGGCGCGUCAGCUUCGUAGCCAGGUGACUGCCACUCGUGCCGCUCACGCGUCAUACAUGCUUGACAUUGUGCACGCACGGCAGCACCCAGGAACGCUUGUGCCGAUUAUACGCAUGUUGGGACGGCUCCAACGAAACCCGCUUCUAGGCCCAACGGGUCACGUUCCCGGAGAACGUAUCCGGUCUGCUUUGGAACGCACCUUUGCAACACCGGCAGUGUCUCGCCAGACAAGUCGACACACAAGCCGCUCGGGUACCCCAAGGGUCCGCUCCCGCUCAACCUUGAGAGGUGUCAGCAUGCCAGGGGACGACACGCCGACGCAGUCUCCGAUGCACGAAAAGCGUAAGAGCAGCCCUGGAGCAGACCUGUCGGCCGUCCACCUCGCCCAAAAGCUGUCCAAAGUGGCCACACACCAAGUAGGGCAGCGUCAUGCGUCUGGCGGAUCGAAUACAUAUCCUUCGCCCGCACGGUCCAAGUUGACCAAUGCUUGCAAUACGCUCAGCGACGCUAUUGUGGCCGCCCUCGACGCGUCAGUGGAGGACAUUGCGGCAGCAUGUGACUGGAGGAACGGAGAGGCACGCAAUGUCGACGACGCGUUGGUGCCUGGUCUCAAGGCCCAUCUCCAUGUGGCUCUCCGCGACCUCCAGAAACGUCUCAGUGGUAUCAUUGACACGACCGACAUGGACAGCUCUCUGCACGGUACGGCUCCACUCUCGCCAGCGCAGUCUCGUUGGUCGAUGCGUGGAUCGACCCGUGGGGUCGCGUUUGAGGAUGAAAUGACGUCGGCCGACUGGCUCGACGACGAAGACCGAUUCCGAAUCGCAUUCUACAUGAUUGCCCUCCUUGAUCUCGCAAAGGACACGUCGCAUCUCAUGGACGUUGCUACUGGGUUAAGGCAUAACGUCCAGCCGAAGCGAUGGAUCUUCCCUCGUAUCAUUUGGCCGUGGUCUAAAGUUACUCCGGAAACGCCGAUUCCAACAGCCGCUGGCGAGGAGCCGCCGGACCAACAGGAUCCCGAUCCCGCCGACCACCAUGAGGACCUUGACUUUGUUCACGCGUUGCUGCAAGAAAAGGAGCGCCCUAGGACACUGGCAGGGCGGAGCAUUGGCACACGCUUGACGGCCGCCUGGCGCGCCGUUUGGGACCGCCGUGGGGUCGUGACCACCCGUGUUGUCGUCUCCCAGACACUCCAUUCGCUCAAGCACUCGCGUCAUGUCCAUUUUGCCCUCAAGCAGACCGUUGGCAUCAGCAUGCUCUCCCUCCCGGCGUUCCUGCCACUGGGUAAUCCGGGAAGAAGCUGGUACGACUCGUCUCAUGGCGCAUGGAUGGUCGUGAGCUUCAUGUAUGUCAUCGAGGUCACCACCGGUGCGACCAUGCGCAUGGGUUUCUACCGUACCAUCGGAACGUUCAUCGGCGCUGGCAUUACCUUACCUCCUAUUCUCUUUAUCCAGUACCUUGGCCUUGCUGGAGGUGUCUCAGAGUUCAAGCUCGCAUGGGAGCGCUUUGUGGACAUUGAGAUUGGUAUCGCGGCCGCAGUGCUCCUCGGCGUGUGGCUGUGGCCCAUCCACGCGCGUGUCCAGUACUUUAGCGCGGUAUCCGACACGGUGAACCAGAUUACCGAGUACUACUUGAUAAUGAGUCGCGACCUGCUCAAGCCAUCACUGGUCUAUCAUGACAACCACAAGAAGUACAUUGCCGUUGAAGCGAAUGUGCGGCACCAAAUCGCCCGCAGUCGCAACCUUGUCAGCAUCCAGAGUCAAGAGAUAUCCCUCCUCCCUCGACCUGUCAAGCUGUACACCGAAGUGAUCGACCUGACUGAACGACUCAUCGAGACGUUUGCCGAGAUUCGCGUUCUACGUUUCUCCCUCCCACGCAAGGCGACCGUCCUCGACGUCCUGCCUAUCCGUCGCGAACUUGUCUCUUCACUCCUCAUGAACCUGUGGGCGUGCGGACAGGCAUUCCGCUCGCGUUCCCCCCUCCCUCAGCUCUUGCCCUCCCCGCGCGUGCCCCUCGCGGAGGUGAUGGAGGCGACAGACGAGCACGCCCGCCACGUGCGCACCAUGCGCGCACAUGAGAACCUCCGGAAACAGACGGCGCGGAGCAGCAGUAGCAGCGACGACGAGCACGAGCACGGCGGGCACCCGCACGGAACCGAUACCAACGGACACCACGCCGAGCUCGCUGUCCUGUACGGCAUGGCCGAGAACGAGGCGCUCGGCGAGGCCAUCAACUCGAUUGACGAGCUGCUCGCUGCGGCACGUACCCUGUUUGGCACCCAGACCUUUAUGGACCCCGCCGGCAACUGA